CAAAUCAAAAUGGCAGCCCGCUUCAUUGUUGUCUUCAGCGCCUUCUUCGUCCUGGCCCAAGGUUCCAGUCUUCUGUCUUUGGAACAGGAAUCCGAAGUGGCUAUCCAUGCUGGAGUCGUUGCAGCUGGAGCUCCGGUGUCCGUUGUUUCUAAGGGAUAUGCAUCUGUUCCUCGCCCUGCUGGUCCUGCCUACGGCCAUGGUUCUGUCCCAGUUCCAGUCUCCGUUGGAGUAGCUCAUCGCGGUAGCGGAUUGGGAUUGGCUGCUCCUCGUGCCUAUGCUGCUGCUCCUCGUCCAGCUGUGGCCUACGCUCGCCCUGCCGCUGUGGCCGUUCCUGCUGUGGUUGUUGCCCCUGUGGCUCCCAUUCGCCAGCCUCAUGGAGUUGCUGUCCCAGCUGUUGUGGCAGUUGGUCAUGGAAAUGUCCACGGUCGCCACCACGGUUAA